AUGCCGCGCAUCCCCUCGCGCGAGGAGCCGUACCACAGUGUCGCCAAGUGCAAUAGGCACUGGAAGACGAAGCGCGAGUUUGUGACCAAGGCCGCCAACAAGGCCUCUCACGUCGACGGCAGUCACUACCUGCUCGUCUGCGUUACGCCCAAAGGAAACAUUGAAGUGCACGCCAGCGAACACUUUUACGACGACACCAACCAGGGCCGUUCCGACGGUGUUGUCAACUGGGACGUGCUGCGGAAACGCGCCGCUACCAUCCAGGCAAAGAACGAGGAGCGCUGGACAGAGGUUGAGCGCCAGGAGAAGCGCUUUGGUGUCGAGGGCGAAGGUGACGAUGACGAAGAGGGCGACGACGACGAGGGUGAUGUGUCCGUGUCCGACGUGACCCUCGACGGCACUCUUACCGUCACGGCUGCCGGUCCUGGCCAGCUCAUGUCGACCUUUUCUGCCGCCAAGGCAUCACCCGCACGUCCCAUCGGCUCUGUCAUUGUCACUCCCGACUCGCUCGAGAAGGAGUACUGCCAGCGUUUCGCCGCUCUCGGCCAGAGCGUGUGUGCCAACAUUCUCAAGGCUUGGAUCAAGGUUGUCGAGCCCAAGAAGCAGACCAAGUUCCCAUACAAGGACAAGAAGGGCAACGAGGGCCGCCCCCCACCCUGGUGGCCGAGGGGCAUGCGCCACAUUGAGCCCGACCACCUGCACAAGGAUGAGCGUCCGCGUCUUCUUGCGUCAAUCAUCCAGCAAGCUUCAGCCCCGCGCGCCGAGGGCUCGCCAAUCUCCACGGCCCCGGACGCCCGCGAGCUCACCAUUUCGCGUCUUCACUUUGCCACCGCCGAGAUUGGUUCGUCUAUUCCUCCCCGCCAGCACUACGAGCUCCGCCAGAUCUACCUCAUCGCCAAGGAGGUCCGCAAGGCCAACGAGGACCGUCUCCGCGGCCGCGCUGGCUCGGUUACGCGUGAGAGUCCCGAUGGCAGCUGGAGCGAGAUCACCGUGGAUAUCUACGAGAAGCCUGCCCCCUCUGCCGGUGGCAAGCGCUCGUACGACGCGGCCGAGUAUGACCCCAGCCGUUUGAUGACCGACAACAAGGAAAACGUCGAGUAUGACCGCCCACUCAAGCGCGGCAAGAUGGACGUUCACCACAUGCAGCAGCACGCCCUCACCCCACUCGCGUCGCACCAGAACGUCUACUCUGCGGUUCACUACAACGUCGAGCCCCACACGCCACACUCCACUGCCAGCUACGCCGGAUGGCCCACUAGCAUUACCCCCAUUUCUGUCCCCUCUACCGCCGCUGCCGCCACCCAGUCUGCUCCUGCCUCGGCGGCUCCCCUCCCCAGUACCAGCCAGCAGCAGCAGCAGUACUACCGCCAGUUUGUCGACCAGUAUCAAUCGACCAGCGCGUCGACCCCAGCAUCGGCGCAGGCAUAUGCCCAUGGCCAGUACCAGCAGCACAGCCAGUACCAGCAGCAGCCACAAGCCCAGCAGCAGCAGCAGCAGCAGAGCUACGGGUACCAGCAGGCCGUCUACUCGGGUUACUCAGGAUACCAGGCCACGACCGGUUCGACGGCGACGGGCGCGACAACACCGGCCGCGACCACCGCGCCCACGCCGCAGUACCACAGCUACUACGACAAUGGCCAGACCUUUGUCGGCGACCUCGGAUUGAGCGCGUAA